UUCAUGAAAUGAUUAAAAUCCAGUUUUCCACUGAUAUUUACGAUACUGUAUUGGUAGGUACGAUAACGAAACACGAUGACGUGGGCUUUGCCUUAAGUGAAAGUAAUUCAUAAGUGGUAGGAGUUGUGCGAGACGCCUUCAACGUCGCGCGUGAGUUCUGUUGUUUACUCAGUCAGUCGCGGGCUGCGGUUUCGGUUGCUCGGUUUCACGUUACGUUCCUCUCCGCUGAAGAUGUGCGGAAUUUUUGCAUACAUUAACCACCUCACGCCUAAGACGCGGCGUGAGAUAUUGGAGUUGCUAAUUAACGGAUUAAAGCGGCAGGAAUACCGCGGGUAUGACUCGGCCGGCGUCGCCGUGGACUCGGCGGACCAGAAGGACAUCGCGGUGCUGAAGCGCCAGGGCAAGGUGGCGGCGCUGGAGGAGAUGCUGCAGGAGCGUAGCGUGGAGCUCAGCGUGGACGAGAGCGUGUCCUCGCACUGCGGCAUCGCGCACACGCGCUGGGCCACGCACGGCGAGCCCAGCGCCGUCAACUCGCACCCGCAGCGCUCCGGCGACGACAACGCCUUCGUCGUCAUCCACAACGGCAUCAUCACCAACUACAAGACCGUCAAGACCUUCCUGGAGAACAAGGGCUAUGUAUUCGAAUCUGCCACUGACACUGAGGCCAUUGCCAAGUUGGUGCACCACAUCUACAGCCAGCACAAGGACUACAGCUUCCAGGAGCUGGUGGAGCAGGUAAUUCAGCAAUUGGAAGGUGCUUUUGCUCUGUGCUUCAAAUCUCGUCAUUUCCCUAAUGAGUGUGUGGCAACCAGGCGUGGUAGCCCCCUGCUGGUGGCCAUCAAGACUCGCCGCCGCCUGUCCAGCGACCAUGUGCCCAUCAUGUACACCAACAACAAGGCAACCCGUGGUGUCGUGCCCUCUGUGCCCCGUGUGAACAGCCAUGCACACUUUGAACCAGAGGAGGAGAGAGAUGUUGAGUACUUCUUUGCCUCUGAUGCUUCAGCUGUCAUUGAACACACCAACAGGGUACUGUACUUUGAAGAUGAUGAUGUUGCACAUGUCAAGGAUGGUGUGCUCAGUAUCCACCGUCUGUCGGGCACCACGGGCACUGACCCUCACCAGCGUGAAAUUCAAACUCUCAAGCUGGAGCUGCAGCAGAUCAUGAAGGGCAACUAUGACUACUUCAUGCAGAAGGAAAUCUUUGAGCAGCCUGAGUCCGUAAUCAACACCAUGAGAGGUCGUCUGAACUUUGCCAAUGGAACAGUGACCCUGGGAGGCAUCAAGGACUACAUUCCAGAGAUCAAGCGGUGCAGACGGCUGAUGCUGAUCGGGUGCGGCACGAGCUACCACAGCGCGGUGGCCACGCGCCAGCUGCUGGAGGAGCUCACGGAGCUGCCCGUCAUGGUGGAGCUGGCCUCCGACUUCCUGGACCGCAACACGCCCGUGUUCCGCGACGACGUGUGCUUCUUCAUCUCGCAGUCCGGCGAGACGGCCGACACGCUCAUGGCGCUGCGCUACUGCAAGCGCCACGGCGCGCUCAUCAUCGGCGUCACCAACACCGUGGGCAGCUCCAUCUGCCGCGAGUCGCACUGCGGCGUGCACAUCAACGCCGGGCCCGAGAUCGGCGUCGCCUCCACCAAGGCCUACACGUCGCAGUUCCUGUCGCUCGUCAUGUUCGCGCUCGUGGUGAGCGAGGACCGCAUCUCGCUGCAGAAGCGGCGCCGCGAUAUCAUCGAGGGGCUGCACGAGCUGGAGCCCAAGAUCCGGCAGGUGCUGGCGCUGGACGGCGAGGUGAAGGCGCUGGCCGAGGACCUGUACCGCCAGCGCUCGCUGCUCAUCAUGGGCCGCGGCUACAACUUCGCCACGUGCCUCGAGGGCGCGCUCAAGGUGAAGGAGCUCACGUACAUGCACAGCGAGGGCAUCAUGGCGGGCGAGCUGAAGCACGGCCCGCUGGCGCUCAUCGACGACUCCAUGCCGGUGAUGAUGAUCGUGAUGCGCGACCCGGUGUACAGCAAGUGCAUGAACGCGCUGCAGCAGGUGACGGCGCGCCAGGGCCGGCCCAUCGUGGUGUGCGAGGAGGGCGACCGCGAGACGGCGGCGCUGGCCUCGCGCUGCCUGCACGUGCCGCGCACCGUGGACUGCCUGCAGGGCGUGCUCACCGUCAUCCCCAUGCAGCUGCUGGCCUACCACAUCGCCGUGCUGCGCGGCUGCAACGUGGACUGCCCGCGCAACCUCGCCAAGUCCGUCACCGUGGAAUGAUCCCAUGCUCCCUGCCUCACCGUGGACGCUGCGCGCUCGAUCUCACUCCCGUUAGCGUGUGACUAACGACUGUAAGUCUCAUGAGGAUAUUGUCGGAGAAGUACAAGUGUAUGGACUGUAUUGUAAAUUCAAUUUGUAGGAGUUACAUUUAUUAUUAUUUAAUACAAAAUCACGACAGUGAUGUUGUAAAUACGGAUAUGUACUUCAUGCAGAGAUCAUUGUAAUUGUUAUGCAAAUCUAAUAACAUACUUUUGUUAAACGCUUACCCUAUGUAAGCGAGGAAGCUAUACAUCAUACCUAGUAUAUUCAAUCAGGGUAACACUGUUACGUCAAAACAACUGCUAAAUAUUGGCUGAUAUUAAAGUUUCAAAAAACUGCGAAAAAUUAUGAUAGUUUUAUAGCACAAGAAAUACAUAUAUGUAUUAUUAAUUAUAAAUAAUAUGAUAUCAAGUCCUUAAAUAUUUUGUAGAUGUAUGUUCCGUAGCAUAAACUUAUUGGUAGGUUUCGAAAGUGUCUAAUAAUAAUCUGUACCUAUAGAGAUUUCUAGUUUCUAGAAUAUUAGCUAUAACACAAACAAAUAUCACAAAUGUAAGAAAAUGUUAUGCUUACGUAAGGUCAGCUUCUUCAGUCGGCACUCGGUCGGUAUGUCAACCAUAAAUUCCAACAUACAUUCCACACCGAUAUUGAAACAGUAUGAAAAUGGAUGUCUCAUAAAUAAGUAUUGACAAAUAUACAAACAGUAUGGGACAGCACAAGUCCUGCUACCAUUUCCAUACUGUUUCUGUAUCGGCGAGUGUUAUACGUACCGACUUACCAAGUUUUCUGUAUCUAUAAAUAAUGAAUAGGGAUUAAAUAAAGAUAUCUUUUUGCAUUUUAAAAUGUGAACAUUCCUAUUUAAUUUUAUGCAAAAAAACAUACAUUGAUCAGCAAAAUGCUCCAAUCGCUCCGCUCCGUAUAAACAUUCCAUGUACCUAUUCACAUCAUUUUAGAUUUUUCAAUUAAUAAGUAUGAAAUAAAUGUUUAUAGUUACUCUCUCUUGAGCAUAACAUUAUUUGUAAAAAAAAGUAGGAGGUACUUUAAUAAUUGUUACAUGAAGUAAAUCGGUAGUCGUGCAGUUAAAAUGUAUAUAAAAGUAGACACAUAAAGAUAUAGGAUAAAGUUUUUUUUCCAUUUUUAAGUAUGUUCUACAUUGUAACUACUUUUUUUAAAAUAUUACUAUAUCUUCAUAAACUAUAAACUAAACUUUAUUUGAAAAUUAUUUGUAACUAUAAUCAAAUAUUUGUUUUUAUCACACAUCACAAGUUUUGCUAGUCAAAUUUAUUUUCAUAUGCUUAAUAAGUACAUAAACAUAGUAAGUACUUACCUAUAUAUGUUUUGUGAUAAUAACAUUAUUUAUUUUACCGCACAUUCAGUAAUUUUAAAAUUUUAUUCCAAUUAGGUAUUUGUAUGGUUAUUUUCUUCAUAAGUAUUCGGAUGUUAUUUUAUAAUGUGCAAUGUUUUUCAAACUCCUGUCCGACAGACCUUUACAGAUGUUUAUUAAAAUAUAAUAAAAUUAAUUAGUUAUUAAAUAAAUAUUUUAUAUAUAACAUUAAAA